AUGCCGCCGAGCACUUCGUCCUGGUCGUCGGCGAGGAGCAGGACCACAUUGGGCCUCCGAGAACCCGCCGCCGCCCGCGAGACCCCCAGGCAGCCGGCCAGCAGCAGCAGCAGCAGCAGCAGCGCUGGGCUGCAGGAGGGCAAAGACCGCUCCCGGGCGCUGGCGUGCCUCACCUGUUGCAGGUGUACCCAGGUGUCCAGCAGCGUGGCUGCUGGCUCUCCUCCCCUCCCGGGGCCGAAGGGCAGUGGCGCGGAGGCCGUCCUGGGGGAGGUCCGGCAACUAGGGCUGCUCACCGAGCUGUACAGCUGCACCGAGGAGGAGGAGGCGGUCGGCGGGGGCCGCGGGCCUGGGGGCCGCGAGCGGCGUUGCGACAGCUUCGACAGCUCCGCAGAGGCCUCAGGCUCCGACGUGUACCUGGGCGGCCGCGGCGGCGCCGGCGACUCCCGCGUGCUGCAGGAGCUGCAGGAGCUGCAGAAGCGGCCGAGCCAGCGGCACCAGAUGCAGUACCUGCGGCAGAAAGACACCAAUGAAUUGAAGACAAUUCUUGGAGAGCUCAAGUACAGGAUUGGCAUUCAGUCGGCCAGGUUACUUCGGCAGCUGAAGCAGAAAGAUAGGCUUCUGCAUAAAGUGCAGAGGAACUGCGACGUGGUGACGGCGUGCCUGCAGGCCGUGUCUCAGAAGAGAAGAGUUGACACAAAGCUGAAGUUCACUCUUGAGCCAUCUUUAGGUCAAAAUGGUUUUCAGCAGUGGUAUGAUGCUCUCAAGGCAGUUGCCAGACUAUCAACAGGAAUACCAAAGGAAUGGAGGAGAAAGGUUUGGUUGACCUUGGCAGAUCAUUAUUUGCACAGUAUAGCCAUUGACUGGGACAAAACCAUGCGCUUCACUUUCAACGAAAGGAGUAAUCCUGAUGAUGACUCGAUGGGAAUUCAGAUAGUCAAGGAUCUUCACCGCACAGGCUGUAGUUCUUACUGCGGCCAGGAGGCUGAGCAGGACAGGGUUGUGCUGAAGCGGGUCCUGCUGGCCUAUGCCCGAUGGAACAAGAAUGUUGGGUACUGCCAAGGCUUUAACAUCCUGGCUGCUCUAAUUCUGGAAGUGGUGGAAGGCAACGAAGGGGACGCUCUGAAAAUUAUGAUUUACCUUAUUGAUAAGGUACUUCCUGAAAGCUAUUUUGUCAACAAUCUCCGGGCGCUGUCUGUGGAUAUGGCUGUCUUCCGAGACCUCUUGAGACUGAAGCUCCCUGAAUUGUCUCAGCACCUGGAUACUCUUCAGAAAACGGCAAACAAGGAGAGUGGAGGUGGAUAUGAGCCCCCGCUUACGAAUGUUUUCACGAUGCAGUGGUUCCUGACUCUCUUCGCUACGUGCCUCCCUAACCAUACAGUUUUAAAGAUUUGGGAUUCAGUCUUCUUUGAAGGUUCGGAAAUCAUCCUCAGGGUGUCACUGGCUAUCUGGGCAAAACUGGGAGAGCAGAUAGAAUGUUGUGAAACAGCAGAUGAAUUCUAUAGCACCAUGGGCCGCCUGACCCAGGAGAUGCUGGAGAAUGACCUUCUGGAAAGCCAUGAACUCAUGCAGACUGUUUAUUCUAUGGCUCCAUUCCCUUUUCCACAAUUGGCAGAAUUGAGGGAAAAAUACACUUACAACAUUACACCAUUCCCAGCCACAGUCAAACCCACCUCAGUUUCUGGACGACACAGUAAGGUCAGAGACAGUGAUGAAGAGAAUGACCCAGAUGAUGAAGAUGCUAUUGCUAAUGUGGUGGGGUGUCUCGGACCUUUCAGUGGGCUCCUGGCUCCUGAACUGCAGAAAUACCAAAAGCAAGUUAAAGAACCAAAUGGGGACCAGAGUCUGAGGUCCAAUAACAUUGCGGAGCUGAGUCCAGGAGCGAUCAAUUCCUGCCGAAGUGAAUACCAUGCAGCUUUUAACAGUAUGAUGAUGGAACGCAUGACCACGGAUAUCAAUGCGCUGAAGCGGCAAUAUUCCCGGAUUAAAAAGAAGCAGCAGCAGCAGGGUCAUCAGGUGUAUAUCAGGGCAGACAAAGGGCCAGUGACCAGCAUUCUCCCGUCUCAGGUAAACAGCUCUCCAGUUAUAAACCACCUUCUUUUAGGAAAGAAGAUGAAAUUGUCCCACAGAGCAGCCAAGAAUGCUGUCAUCCACAUCCCGGGCCACACAGGAGGCAAAGUAUCUCCUGCCCCCUACGAAGAUCUUAAGACGAAGCUCAAUUCUCCGUGGCGGACUCACAUCCGGGUCCACAAAAAGAAUGCGACAAGGACCAAGAGUCCGCUGGGCUGCGGGGACACCAUCGGGCUGAUCCAAGAGCAGAAUGAGGGCGGCAAGACUCACAACCUGGGCGCCGCGGAGGCCUUUUCCUCCGAUUGUGCCGCGACAGCUGGAAGGGGAGGCGGCAGCUCCGACGGGGGCCCGGGGAGGACCAUCGAAGGGCAGUCCCCGGAGCCAGUGUUCGGGGAUGCCGAUGCCGAUGUGUCCGCGGUCCAGGUGAAGUUAGAAGCCUUGGAACUGAACCCGAUGGAGGAUGCUGCUGGCCCCGAGCCCAGCGUGCACAUCCCGGAGCCGCCCGACGCACCUGGAGAAAACAAGGCCACCCGCAAGUCUCCCCAGGAAAACACAAGAAUGAUGCGCGAGAAGAAGAGUUACCCCUUUUGUGGUGUUUUUGCCCGCCAAAGAACUGAAGAUGGAAAAUAUGACUAA